AUGGAACCGAGAGAACAUCUGUGAAAAAAAAACAGUCUAGUGUGUUUGUCCUGUCGAGUUUGCGGGAUACAUUUGCUUAGCGGCCACAAGGUGUUAUGUGGUCGGGGCGAUGAAUCCUGGUCACAUCACACAAGCUACCAAUCUUUCCACGCCUCCAGUAUUUUUUGUGGUCUCUGAUCGACUUCCCUGUUGCUGCAUUGCCCCAAGAGCCCCCCAACCUGGAAGACACCGUUGUCUACUCUGCCAAUGCACACCACGAAUUCCUGAGGUUUUUUUUUUCUUUUGGAAAAGGAGGAAACGAGCCCGGCCUCUGCAUCAAUCGAUGCAUACAGCCCUGCAUCAAUUCGUACGAGUCUCGAUUAAGCUAGCUUUUCACAAGAGACAAGAAUGGGGUAUCGCCAAAAUACACAAGAGUGAAAGAGAGAGAAAGCCCUGCAUGCAUGAUUAUUGCUUUCCCCGUAAGCAGAGACUGCGCGCUUAUUGCUUGCCCAGCUUCGGGAUGCAGACAUGCAGUUGCGCAAGCAUUUCUUUUCGUAGCGUUGUGGACUUCACACUUGGCAUAGACCAAUGGCAGCUUGCGUGCUGUGCCUUGUAAAAGGUGUUAAAAUGGCGAGAGCGACGUGCUUGGCUUGACACCCGUCGUAGUAUAACUGCCUCCUUCCUCUGCGUUUGUGCUCGUGUUGGUGAUCCAUCCUUCCGGCCAUUUAUGUCAGUAGGACUUUGGAAGUAGUAGUUCAGAAUCAGAGAGAGAGAUAGGCGUCGAUGGACGUAUUCAUCCACGAGGACUACGUGAACAAGCGCAACAUGGUGAGGAGGGAGCAGAAGAAGAAGACGCAGGUGCAGGUGCUGCAGCUGGGCAGCACAGGCGCCUGCCGGCCGGCGCUGGCGCGGGCGCGCGGGGAGGGCAUCCCAGGAACGCCGAGGCAGUGCCUGACGCCGACCAGCCUCUCACCGUCGUCCACCAUCGAGUCUCCCGCGUCAGGCUCGUCGGAGGAAGCCGUCUCAUCGGAUCACCGCCGCCUCUUCGAUUGCCUGAAGCCGUACUAGGGAGGCAACCGAGGUUAUGUGUGAGGUUAAAGAAUAAACGUGGGGCUCUUCUGAUGGUUUUUGUGCUUGUAUUUCAGCUACUUGUGUAUGGGCCAUUACGAGAUCAACCCUAGUAAUGUAACCAGCGUUGCCUGCUAUGAACAACUGUCGCUUUUGGAA